ACGCAUGCGCAGUAGAAACCACCCAGCACUCGGGUGGGGGCUCUUAAAGGGCCAGCCAAAGAGAAGGGGACUGGGAAGUGACAUGAGGGAAACGGCUCAGGGAUAAGCGGCCUUCAUUGACGACGACGCCCUACAUAUGUCUUUCUUUGCCUCAGGACGGUGACAUUCCCACAAUGGCGUCGCCAGCGACCGGCCUCGGCGAAGGCCUCAAUUCCGAAGCGGAGCCCGGGCCGAGGCCAGCGCCUCCGGUGUCAGUGGCGGCCGUGCUGCCUGCCGGAGGGAGCGGGGAGCGGAUGGGCGGCGGGACCCCGAAGCAGUUCUGCGACCUGUCGGGGCGGCCGCUCGUCAGCUACACCGUGCAAGCCAUGGAGAGAGUCAGCUGGAUAUCUGAUAUAAUCGUGGUGGUAUCACAAGAGAAUGUUGAAAAAAUGAAGUAUAUUAUAAACAAAUUUGGCCACAAGAAGACAACAGUGGUUGAAGGUGGAAUGACUCGCCACAGAUCUAUCUUCAAUGGAUUGGAUAUAUUUGUAAAGAGCAAUAAUUCUAGUCAACUCCUCAAGAAACCAGAAGUUAUAAUAAUCCAUGAUGCUGUGAGGCCAUUUGUUGAGGAGGACAUUCUUUUUAAAGUAGUUAUGGCUGCCAAAGAGCAUGGGGCAGCAGGAGCCAUCCGUCCUCUUGUCUCCACUGUUAUUGCUUCCUCUGCAGACGGAUGUUUAGACCAUUCACUAGAUCGUGCCAAAUACAGAGCAAGUGAAAUGCCUCAGGCCUUCUUAUUUGAUAUAAUUCAUCAAGCAUAUCAACAGUGCAGUGAUUAUGACUUUGAUUAUGGAACAGAGUGUUUGCAUCUGGCUCUAAAAUACAGCAAAACAAAUGCUAAGCUUAUUGAAGGGCCUCCCGACUUGUGGAAGGUGACCUAUAAGAGGGAUCUCUAUGCAGCUGAUUCUUUAAUUAAGGACGCCAUUUCACAACAACUUUGUAUUAUCAAUAAUAAUAUCAAUGAAGAUGCUAGUCAAGUAGGGUUUCUACUUCAUGGAACACUGAAAAAUCAUGUGAAAGUCAUUAAAAGUACAUCAACAUCUGUUUCUGAAAAUGACAAUCACUUGCAAAACAUCUUAUUAGAACAGUGUUACAACUUUGUCUGCAUAAAUGAUGAUCCGAAUGGCCUUCAAGAGACUCAUCAGCUCCUAAAAAUACUUGAAAACAGAAAUGCAUCUGUUCUAUAUUCUGUUGUUCUCAUCUCAGUACACUUGGCUAUUUUAGAAAAUACAUUUUUGAGCAGUGCAAUGCAGAGCUUAACUAAACUUGCAAAGGAAGUAAAGAAGAAGAAUAUUUUGCUUUAUGGUUUCAUUGUAGAUUACAGGAAGGUUUUCCAAGGAUGGAUUAAACUCUCACCUGUUGCCACUCGACUCAGAGAAGGGGAUGAUUCAAAUAUACAGGACAAUUUGAAGCUUCAAGAGACCAUAGAUUUGGCUGGUUCACUUAUCACAGCCUUAAUAAGGGACAGAAAUCCUGUUUUUGCUGGCCAGAUUCUAGUAGCAUGAAAAAGAAUAACCAAUAUUUCAAGGAUGCUUUCUCCAAUUUUUCAGAUUUUUUUUUUACAAAAACCCUGCUGUCUUCAUGUUUUUAAAAAUAGGGAAGAAAACCAAACAUGUUAGGAACAUGUUAUCCACAAAUAAGCAAAUUGUUUCAACAUAAACAAUAUUCUGGCUGAAAUAAAAUUCAGAAAACUGAGUGCUUCCCAAAACAUCUGGUGUGAGAGACCAGCAAUUCUUUCCUUCAAGUUCUAGGAGAUGAUAUCUUAUUUGUGUUAUUAAUAGCAUCAUGAUAUAAAUCUUCAGACUCCCAUUCUGAGCAACACUGUAUUGAAAAUCAGUUUUCAUAAAAAGAAAAAUUGAGACUUUUUUUUAAAAGCACACCUAGGUACUUUGGAUGAAAAUAUGAAUACAUAAAAGGGAUAUUUUAUAUGAAAUAUAGUAACUAUACAGAAAGUUAAAUUGUAUGUUGCCUUGAGUGCCUUUGGGCACAGAGAAUAAUGAUGAUAUAUGAAAAGUGUAGGUUUUUGUGUUCUAACAAGGUAUAAAUGUGGAAUGAAUUAACGUCUAUAGGGGCUGCCAACUUUACUAUUCUUAAAUUAAUCCAUGAGGAGAUAUAAGCAUGUAUGUAACUUAACUUUUGGAAUAAAUGAAACUAAUUUUA